UUUUUUGCCGCGGGACACAGAGCGCCUUUCUGCUUCCAUCUGCAUAUAGAACAGAGACGGCAGCUCGGGGAGGCAGCAGCUGCGCACCAGGGAACUCUGGGUAGCCUACAUGAAACAGAAAAUGAAAGCGAAGCGAAGCGGAGCGCAGCGGGGGAGCAGCCGAGGCCUAAAUGAUGCAGCCGAUGUGAAGGUUUAGAUCUGCAUUAUUCCCAGACGCGCGCAGUAUGGUAACGGCAGCUGCAUAGGACCAUCAAAUCUGCGCCAAACAAUCAGUCUCAUUAACAUGCUUUAAAGUCAGUUGUUUUGAAGAUGAUUCCCCUCAUUUUACUUAUUUUGCCUUAUUUAUGCAUUGAAAUGGGCCUUGCCUUUAACUCCAAAGAUACUGUUAUGGCGAAGACCCAUAUGGCAUCUAAUGGCCUUCCCUUCCCAUGGAGCAAGCUAAGGCUGCCAAACUAUGUGAUCCCCAUCCACUAUCACCUGCUCAUCCAUCCCAACCUGACCACGCUCAGCUUCACGGGGUCGGCCAAGAUUGAGAUCGACGUAAAGAAUGACACCAACUGGAUCGUCUUGCACAGCAAGAAUCUCACAAUCACCAUGGCGACUAUUCUGGAUGAAAGCGAAGCCUAUCAGUCAGAGAAGAUCCUACCUGUGCUGGAGUACCCGCUUCAUGAGCAGAUUGCCAUCUUCUCCCCAAAAAUACUGAUCGCAGGGGAGAAGUACUUCCUGCAUCUUGAAUUUGCAGCUCCCUUAGCUGAUGGUUUCUUUGGCUUCUACAAAAGUUCCUACAAAACCAAAACAGGAGAAACAAGGAUACUGGCAUCCACACACUUCGAGCCCACCUUUGCGCGCAUGGCCUUCCCAUGUUUUGAUGAGCCGAAUUUCAAGGCCAACUACUCUGUUCGAAUCAGGAGGAGUCAAAAACAUGUGGCUCUCUCCAACAUGCCAAUAGAGCAAACAAUCUCUCUUGGAGACGGCCUGCUGGAGGACCACUUUGAAGCUAGUGUGCGGAUGAGCACAUACCUUGUGGCCUUUGUCGUGUGUGACUUCAGGUCUGUCAGUGGGAGGACCUCUACUGGAAUUGAUGUGUCUGUGUACGCCAUUCCAGAAAAGUGGCAUCAGACCCAUUAUGCCCUUGAAGCUGCAAUCAAGCUUCUGGAGUUCUAUGAAAAAUACUUCAACAUCUACUAUCCCCUCCCAAAGCAAGAUCUGAUCGCUAUCCCUGAUUUCCAGUCGGGUGCAAUGGAGAACUGGGGUCUGACUACCUACCGUGAGACCUCCCUCCUGUUCGAUCCUGUUACCUCAUCUGCUUCUGACAAGCUGUGGGUGACACUGGUGAUUGCCCAUGAACUAGCACACCAGUGGUUUGGUAAUCUGGUGACUAUGGAAUGGUGGAAUGACAUCUGGCUAAAUGAAGGGUUUGCCAGAUACAUGGAAAUUGUCUCUGUUGAUGCUACCUUUCCAGAGAUGAAGGCGGAGGAGCAUUUGUUGGACACCUGCUUUGUCGCCAUUGGCCGUGAUUCCUUGAACUCCUCGCGGCCGAUCUCCUGUGAGGCAGAGAACCCCACUCAAAUAAAGGAGAUGUUUGACACUGUGUCUUAUGAAAAGGGAGCCUGCAUCCUGCACAUGCUCAGACAUUUCCUGACCGAUGACGUCUUCCAGAGCGGCAUUGUCCGUUACCUGAGGAGGUUCAGCUACAGAAAUGCCAAGAAUGAGAACCUGUGGGACAGCUUAGCUAAUACAUGCAGCGAUGACGAUUUUACUUUAGGGGAGUUCUGCUACAGCCGCCAGCAAGCGUCCAAGAACGCCUACCGAUACACUGGGGAGCACUGGGAUCUGAAGGCCAUGAUGAACACCUGGACCUUGCAGAAGGGCAUCCCCUUGGUCACCGUGCAGCAGCAGGGCUCGGUGCUGAAACUAAGACAGGAACGCUUUCUGAAGACUGUCCAACCCAGCGACCCCUCCUGGCAGUCCCUGCAACAUGGAUAUCUUUGGCACGUUCCCUUGACAUACAUGACAAGCAGCUCUGGAAAUGUGGUCAGACAUUUAUUGGAAACCAAGUCAGACACCAUUGAACUGCCUGAGGAUGUCACUUGGGUGAAGUUUAACACAGACAUGAAUGGAUACUACAUAAUCCACUAUGAGGGAGAUGGGUGGGACACGCUAAUAAACCUCAUGAAAGACAACCACACUGCCCUAAGUUACAAGGACAGAGCCAAUCUCAUCCACAAUGCUUUUCAGCUGGUCACUGCAGGAUACUUGUCUCUGGACAAAGCCCUGGAUCUGAUGGGGUACCUGGAGUACGAGACUCAUAAUGUGCCUCUGCUACAAGGCAUUGGGUACCUGGAAACAUUUUACAAGAUGGUGGAGAAGAGGAACAUUACUGAUGUAUCCCAAAACCUCAAAGCCUACAUUCUGCAGUACUUUCGAGCCGUGUUCACCAAGCAGACAUGGAGCGACGAUGGGUCCAUCUCGGACCGUCGACUGCGCUCCGAGAUCCUUUCACUGGCUUGUGAGCUUCACCACACGCCUUGCCUUGAGAAGGCAAACAGUCUGUUUAACGACUGGAUGAAGUCAAAUGGCACCAUCAGUUUACCUACAGAUGUGGCUGAAACUGUUUAUUCAGUUGGGGCUCAGAGGAAUGAAGGCUGGACCUUUCUUUUGGAAAAGUAUUGCCACUCCUUGUCCGGAGCAGAGAAAAGCAAAAUCCUGGGGGCCUUAUCUAGCAGCAAAGACUUAGAUAAACUGUCAAGAUUGCUGGACCUUGGCAUGGAGGGAACUGUGAUCAGGACGCAAGACCUUUCAACGUUAAUUUACUGUGUGGCCAGAAAUCCAGCAGGUCGUUUCCUCGCGUGGGAAUUUGUGAAAAGAAACUGGCAUGCUCUAGUGGAGAAAUUUGAGCUGGGAUCAUUCUGCAUAAGGAGUAUAAUAAUAGGCACCACAGCUCAGUUUUCAUCUAAAGAAGAGCUUAACGAGGUCAAGGCUUUUUUUGACUCCAUAAAGGAGCAAUCCUCCCAGCUGAGGGUCACGCAGGUCGCACUGGAGAAUGUGCAGAAGAACAUUCUGUGGUUGGAGAGGAACCUGGAGACCCUGAGGACCUGGCUGCAGAAACAUAUUUACUAAGGAUCAGACAGGAUCAAAACAUGACCACCAGCCAGAGGCGGGAAACACAUGCACUGCUGAGAGCUGAGAGCACUCCGUCAUACAAACUUAACGGAAUACCGGGAACAGCUGUGAUUCAUAGAUGUCUGUGGGCUUUUCUAGUACAUAACGGACUACAAUCAUCCAGAGUAUUUUUACUUUUCUGUAAUUUUACAGUAUUACAAAGGGCUGUAAUUAUAGCUGUAUUUCAAUGUCAUUUACCUAGCUUUUAAAUCACUGGACUGGAUAAACAAUUGAAAAUGAUUUCCUUAUGAGGCUUGAUGUCAGUAAUGGUAGAACUCAUAGGUGUAUUAAUAUUUCUGGGAUAAUUUUUUGACAAUAUUUUAUAGAAUCAGCUGAAACCGGAUAUGCAAUGGCUUGCUUGAUUGUUUCUUUUUUCAGAUAGCAAGGUUUAAGUUUUUUGUACCGUGUGUGUUGUUUCAAAUUCUAUAUUAAAGUGUGUGUGUGUGUGUGUGUGUGUGUGUGUGUGUUGAUACAACUUCAUAAAUUAAUAUGGUGCUGGGUAAUUAUUUGAAGGGUCUGAG